UUGAAUUGUACGCGAAGGAAUAUCAGUUGUGUCUUGGAGACGGCGGGCGGCGGUCGUGUGUCCCGACGGAUAAUUAAAAUUAGUGUGGUGUCUGUUAGUGCGAUGAAGUGGUCGAUAUUUGUUUGUUUGCUCGUGUGCUUGGCGAGUUUCUGCGACGGCCUGGCAAUAAAAUGUUCACCCGGUGUGACGGACCCUUCAUGCACAGAAGAAAUUAAAGAAGUUGACAGACACGAAUCACUACCGGGGGACCCGACGGAGGUGCAGUGCCUUGUCGGCAGUGAAUGGGAGAGUAACUGCCACUACUGCCGCUGCUCCGAUGAGGGAGUCGCCGAGUGCCUGAAACAAGACACUUGCGAUAAAGGCGUAUUUGCGGAGCCAGUCCUCUGCAAGCCAAACACGACUUUCCAGCGAGACUGUAACACUUGCAUCUGCCUCGAGAAUGGACUUGGACUUUGUACCUUGGAGUUUUGUCGGAGAUCAGGCAGCAUCGAUAGUGUUCCUGAAAUCGUUAUCGCUGAUACUGAGUUAAAUAACAAAGAUGAAGCGAGUCAACCAUUCAAAACUGAAAUCUUAGUCCCGACAAUGAAGUCAGCUAAAAAUAAAACGAAGUCUAGAGUCUGCGAGGCCAAUCGUAUGUUUAUAAAAGACUGCAACACAUGUUGGUGCAAUGAAGAUGGAACUAGUUAUUACUGCACUCGAAGGGUUUGCGUGCCUUUGCUGCCAGAAGACCAACCUGAUAUCGGAGGAAUACCAGCUGAAAAUCUUCGCGUGAUAAAGAAGGAAUGUCGACCUAAUGAAGUUUUUGAGUUGGAUUGCAACAUGUGUCGAUGUAACCCUGAUGGAAAGUCCUAUGCUUGCACCAGAAGGGCUUGUGAAGAACUACCAGAAGACCAGAAGAAUGCCCCACUGUCGAGAAAAGUACGAUCACUAACUACGGAGCCGCCAAAAGCCUGCAAGCCAGGACAAGAGUUUCGGAUGGACUGCAAUAAGUGCCUCUGUGACAAUAAGGGACAAGACUUCUCCUGCACACGACAUGACUGCAACGCCCUGAACAACAACCACCAUGCUAGUGCUUUCACUGGCGUGAGGAGUAAACGAGAAAUAUCUGAGCAGCUUUCGAUGCAGUGUGUGCCAGGCAGCGUGUUCGACCGCGGCUGCAACGUCUGCAAGUGCACCGACAAUGGCCAGUUCGCGACCUGCUCUCUUAAACGGUGCAAGACUGAAACCGAACAUGCACCUGAAUCGGAUCAAGGCUUCCGUUGUAACCCUGGCGAGCAGUUCAAACGUGAUUGCAACGACUGCACCUGUUCAGCAGAUGGCAGGAGUGUGUUCUGCACACUGCGUUUAUGCGACGAAGCCCUAACAUCGGACAUUUAAAUUAAACCCUAGCUUAUC